CGCCGGUGCGUGCGUGCGCGCGCGCCGCGGGCGGGCCAGUGGAGCCGGCGGCCCUGGCACGUGAUCUGGGACCGGCAGUGUCGCUCGGUAGCUCGGUCUGUCUGUCCGUCCGCGGGUGCCAUCAUGGCGGACGCGGCCAGUCAGGUGCUCCUGGGCUCCGGUCUCACCAUCCUGUCCCAGCCGUUCGUGUACGUGAAAGUGCUCAUCCAGGUGGGAUUUGAGCCUCUUCCUCCAACAAUAGGACGAAAUAUUUUUGGGCGGCAAGUAUGUCAGCUUCCUGGUCUCUUUUGUUAUGCUCAGCACAUUGCAAGCAUUGAUGGGAGGCGAGGGUUGUUCACAGGCUUAACUCCAAGACUGUGCUCAGGAGUCCUUGGAACUGUGGUCCAUGGUAAAGUUUUACAGCAUUACCAGGAGUGUGACAAACCUGAGGAUUCAGGAUCUGGAAAUAUACAAAAAGAAGGCUCAUCUUCCUUUGACCGAGUUAUCAAAGAGACAACUCGAGAGAUGAUUGCUCGUUCUGCUGCUACUGUCAUCACACAUCCCUUCCAUGUGAUCACUCUGAGAUCUAUGAUACAAUUCAUUGGCAGAGAAGCCAAAUACUGUGGACUUUGUGACUCCAUAGCAACCAUCUAUCGGGAAGAGGGCGUCCUAGGAUUUUUUGCGGGUCUAAUUCCUCGCCUCCUAGGUGACAUCAUUUCCUUGUGGCUCUGUAACUCACUGGCCUACCUCGUCAAUACCUAUGCACUGGACAGUGGGGUUUCUACCAUGAAUGAGAUGAAAAGUUAUUCCCAAGCUGUCACAGGAUUUUUUGCCAGUAUGUUGACCUAUCCCUUUGUGCUUGUAUCUAAUCUUAUGGCUGUCAACAACUGUGGGCUUGCCGGUGGAUCCCCUCCUUACUCCCCAAUAUAUACUUCUUGGAUAGAUUGCUGGUGCAUGCUACAAAAAGAGGGAAAUAUGAGCCGAGGAAAUAGCUUGUUUUUCCGGAAGGUUCCCUUUGGGAAGACUUAUUGUUGUGACCUGAGGAUGUUAAUUUGAAGAUAUGGGGCAGGGACAGUGACAUUUCUGUAGUCCCAAAUGCACAGAAUUAUGGGAGAGAAUGUUGAUUUCUAUACAGUGUGAUGCGCUUUUUUAAUAAUCAUUUAAUCUUGGGAAAAUGGA